AUGAAUGUUUCUGUCGUUGAGCCGUACGGCAACCCUGCACCCUUUGCGGAGCCAGCGUGGUACAAUACCCUGGCUUCUCCCUACUACAAUGAAAGUCACCGAAGAGUGAGAGAUUACGUUCGAAAGUACAUCGAGGAACACAUUGCGCCCCAUAUACAAGAAUGGGAAGAAAAGGGCCAUGUCCCUGAUGAAGAAAGAGUCCACUUUGCCAAAUCAGGUCUGGCUUUCUCAGAGCUGCCGCGUCAAUAUGCUAGCGACAUCCCAUUGCCAGGGUAUGUCCCGGCUGAGAAAUGGGAUAUCUUUCAUUCUCUUGUUGUAAGCUACGAGGCUAGUAGGAUCUGGGCUGCCGGAGUGUCAGUGGGGCUCAACGGCGGCACCACGAUCGGUGUACCCCCCGUCAUCCAUCAUGGCACAGAAGAACAGAAGAAAUGGUGGCUGCCAGGGCUUGUCACCGGGAAGACGAGCUUUUGUCUCGGUUGCACCGAACCCACUGGUGGCUCCGACCUGGCGAGUCUAAAGACCAUGGCGAUCAAAUCAGAUGAUGGUAAAUACUACACGGUAAACGGCAAUAAGAAAUGGAUCACUGGUGCGAUACGUGCGAGCCAUAUGACGACUGCCGUAAGGACUGGAGGCCCUGGCAUCAAGGGUAUUUCAGUUCUUGUAAUUCCUCUCGAUCUCCCCGGUGUUUCUCGACGUAAGAUCAGUAACAGUGGAUGGAAUGCUGGGGAUAGCACGUGGGUGACGCUAGACAAUGUCAAAGUACCCGUCAACCAUCUCAUUGGGCAAGAGAACGCAGGUUUUCAGUACAUUAUGACAAACUUCAACAAGGAACGAUUCAUUCUUGCAGUGCUGAUGAAUGGCCAGGCCAGAGUGUGCUUGGAAGACGCCUGGGCAUAUGCCAUGGACCGCCACACUUUCGGCAAGCCACUCAUGUAUCACCAGAUCAUCCGACAUAAGCUCAUCACGAUGGCGCGCUACAUCGAGUCUCACUGGGCUUGGCUUGAGCAGAUUGCGUAUCAUGCUCAUACUACCGGGUCAAUGGGCACAGAACUUGCAUCGAGGAUUGUCAUGGCCAAAAUUCAUGGCGGUCGCCUCCUAGAGCUCGCGAACCUUGAGGCGCAACAGAUCUUCGGUGGUGCUGGAUAUCAGCGCGGCGGCGUUGGGGCUCGAGUCGAGCAGAUAAGCAGAGAUCUUCGAGUGAACAUUGUCGGCGGCGGAAGUGAAGAGAUCAUCACAGACUUGGCUGUUCGGCAAGAGAUUGAUGCGGCUGUAAGCAGGGGCGCUAAGCUUUAA